AUGGCUGCUACUACUGCUGAGUCGUUGUUGGAUACAUUGAAAAAGAAACUUCUUACCUUCAAAAAUUCUGUUGAUUCGUUAAGUGCUGAGCUCGAGAAAAAGAAUAAGAUAUUAGAGGCCGAGCGGGAAAAAAAGACCAAGGUGAUGAUUAAACAUAUGUUUUGCUCCAAUUGCAGAUUUCCACAUUUCCUGCUACAAGGUGAGGUUGCUGCUCUUCAACGCCGUAUUCGACUUUUGGAGGAUGAACUCGAAAGCACGGACACUCGUCUCACUGAUGCGACUGUAAAACUCGAGGAGGCCAGCAAGGCUGCCGACGAAAGCGAGCGCUUCCGACGUGCCCUUCAGAGUCGGCAAGUCUCUGACGACGACCGCAUCGAGCAGCUAACUGUUAUGAUCCAGCGAACCACGAAGGAGGCUGCCGAAGCGAAGGCCAAGUUCGAAGAGGUAAAAGGGGAAUCUAUUUUUCUGUCUGUCGCCAUUUUAACCCUCUCUGACUGUGGUGGUAAUCGUGGCUGCAAGGUUUUGGAAAAUCGCACAGUGGCCGAUGAGGAGCGAAUCUCGCAGCUUGAGGAGCAACUAAAAGAGUUCACCUUCAUGGCUGAGGACGCUGAUCGCAAAUACGACGAGGCUUCUCGAAAACUGGCCAUCACUGAAGUCGAUCUUGAGCGGGCUGAAUCUCGUCUCGAAGCCUCCGAAAGUCGCAUCCGGUCGAUGGAAGAUGAGCUUCGUUCCGUGACCACCAACCUCAAAUCCAUGGAACUGAGCGAAUCCACGGUAAGGCCAACGCAUAUUGUUAUUUUUGCGUUCUCCACGUUUCCGGGUUUUCACAAAAAGUAG